GUCAAUCCGAAUCUGGAGCUCUGCGGAGAGCUAGGAUGUUGUCGCCAGGGCAACGGCGGGGACAACAGACCGAGCGAGGACAAGGAUGCCUGCGCAGUGAUCGCUCGAAGCGCCGUCAAGCGACGCAAACACUUGGGGGAGAAGGAGCAAUCUCACUUCCUCCAAAACUUCUCUUUCAUCGUGGUUUUUUAGAAACUGCGUUGCUUGAUCUUGUCUUUGUUUACUGGCAAACGGGCUUCCACUCCCGCUUCAGUACUGUUGAUCUCACGCUUCGCAGUUGUCCCAGAUUGUUCUUCUCUGGUACCUCGGGGCUGCCGGCAGUUCCAGUCGUGACAUUUACCCCGGAUCUCAUUGUUUAUUUACCCUAUUCGCCCGCCGUCUUUUAAGUCUCGGACGGCUCUCCGCAGAUCCGAAGACGAAUUGUCGCUUCAAACGCCUGAGUUUACCCAGUCGCAUAGUAUGUCCUGUUAAGCCGUCCAAAAAGAACAAUCAUGAGGCAGCAACGUAUACACCACCAGGAGGAGCCGCCAGCAUACAGCUACGGAGAAGGCUCGUACCUCACUGAUAACUACGACCCGCCUGUCCGACACACGACCAUGCGGCUGCUACCGACGAGUUCGCAGGUCGAGAGUGAUUUAAAUGCUGAUUUGGGCACUGCGUCCACUUAUCGCGAUCGAGAUCCUUUUGGGGAUGAUAAUCAAACCGAGAGAUACUACGAAUACGACACAGAAGAUACACCCUCGCGCCCUGCUUCGAGCAUGCGAAAUGUGCCCAGUAUCCCAGCCCCUACAGCGUCCGCAGUGGACGACAUGCACUUUUCCUCUCGUCCGGCGUCGCCCACACGACCUUGGUCCCCGACGCGUGCCCCAGAUUGGACAAGACCCCCGUCUGUAGCAGGCUCCCAGUACGAACGCGCGGAUCUGAACGGCAGCCCUCGGCCAGGCACACCUAGUUCAAGAUACGGCGGGAGCCCCCGGAGGCCGCUCCCACCUGCGCCACUAUUCUCGAAGCCAGGAGUCGGUGGACAGGAUGCGAAGAUCGAUAUCGGCGACGCGGACGAUGAUCCUUUCGGCGGUGGUGGACGAACAAUGAAUUCUCGACACGGAGGACACGGCAGUGUCAAUUCAUUUACCAGCGAUUCGACCUUUAUUGCGGACGACAAGGAUCUGGAGAAGAUUGACCUGGAAGAAUAUAGCGAAACCCAGUCCAUGGUUGACCCUAAUCUGCACUACGGCCCAGCACCAGACAAACAAAGCCGCCGAGGAGUUCGCGAUGCUCAAAUGUCCAAAAAAGAGGUCCAGCUGAUCAACGGUGAGCUGAUCUUGGAGUGUAAGAUUCCUACCAUCUUGCACAGUUUCUUGCCCCGUCGAGACGAUCGCGAAUUCACUCACAUGCGGUACACGGCCGUUACUUGCGACCCCGACGACUUUGCCCAACGAGGAUACAAGCUGCGCCAGCAGAUCGGACGGACGAUGCGCGAAACCGAGCUGUUCAUCUGUGUGACCAUGUAUAACGAGGAUGAGAUUCAUUUUACUCGGACCAUGCACGGUAUCAUGCGCAAUAUCAGCCACUUCUGCUCUCGUUCCAAGUCUCGUACUUGGGGUAAGGAUGGUUGGAAGAAGAUUGUGGUCUGUAUCAUUGCAGACGGUCGUAAAAAGGUGCACCCGCGGACUCUGAAUGCUUUGGCAGCUCUGGGUGUCUAUCAGGAGGGCAUUGCAAAGAACAUCGUCAAUAAAAAACAGGUAAACGCCCACGUCUACGAAUACACUACCCAGGUAUCCCUCGACUCCGACCUCAAGUUCAAGGGUGCGGAAAGGGGCAUAGUCCCUUGCCAGAUUGUCUUUUGUCUGAAAGAGCACAACCAGAAGAAACUAAACUCGCACCGUUGGUUCUUCAACGCCUUUGGCCGAGCGCUGCAGCCCAACAUUUGCAUCCUGCUGGAUGUUGGUACCAAGCCCGAGCCUACCGCACUCUACCACUUGUGGAAGGCCUUUGACCAGGAUUCCAACGUCGCUGGUGCCGCCGGGGAGAUCAAGGCAAGCAAAGGAAAGGGAAUGCUUGGCCUUUUGAACCCUCUGGUCGCAAGUCAGAAUUUUGAGUACAAAAUGUCCAAUAUUCUUGACAAGCCGCUGGAAUCGGUGUUUGGGUACAUUACCGUGCUUCCCGGUGCCCUCAGUGCAUACCGAUUCUUCGCUCUGCAAAACGACGCCGAAGGCAAUGGCCCUCUGAACCAGUACUUCAAGGGAGAGACCCUGCAUGGUAAAGACGCGGAUGUGUUCACAGCCAACAUGUACCUGGCCGAAGAUCGUAUCCUCUGCUGGGAGUUGGUGGCCAAGAGGGAAGAGCGAUGGGUCCUCCGUUUCGUCAAGAGCGCUGUCGGAGAGACUGACGUGCCUGACUCUAUUCCCGAGUUCAUCUCCCAGCGUCGACGUUGGCUGAACGGUGCUUUCUUUGCCGCCGUGUACUCUAUUGUCAACGUGAAGCAGCUAUGGAAGACGGACCAUUCCCUUGCAAGAAAGAUUCUGCUGCAGAUCGAAUCUGUCUACCAACUGCUUCAGCUAAUCUUCACGUACUUUGGUCUAGCAAACUUCUAUCUCGCCUUCUAUUUCAUUGCCGGUUCGCUCACUGAUGACAAGAUUGACCCAUUCGGGCAUAAUUUUGGAAACUACAUCUUCGUCGUGCUGAGAUACGCUUGUGUCUUGGUGAUGUGUCUCCAGUUUAUCUUUUCCAUGGGUAAUCGACCUCAAGGCGCCAAAAAACUGUACCUCUCGAGUAUGAUCAUCUACAGUAUCAUCAUGAUAUACACAGCCUUUUGUACGCUGUACUUGAUCGUGCUUGAGCUCAUGGCCAAGACGGGGCACGACGUCCCAAUCACCAUAAGUAAUACUUUAUUCGUCAACAUUGUCGUGUCUCUCCUCUCCACCAUCGGCCUGUACUUCUUCACCUCAUUCCUCUACCUCGAUCCCUGGCACAUGUUCACCUCUUCGGCGCAGUACUUCGCCCUAUUGCCAUCUUACAUCUGCACCCUGCAAGUCUAUGCCUUCUGCAAUACGCACGACGUGACUUGGGGCACCAAGGGGGAUAACGUGACGAAUACCGAUCUAGGUGCGGCUCGUAUUAUCAACGGCUCUAUAGUCGAAGUCGAGAUGCCCUCGGAACAGCUGGACAUCGACAGUGGCUACGACGCUGCGCUGCGCAACCUCCGAGACCGUCUCGAAGUGCCGGAUCCGGGAAUUUCCGAAUCUCAACUUCAAGAGGACUAUUACCGCGCGGUGCGGACCUACAUGGUAUCUAUUUGGAUGGUUGCCAAUCUUAUCCUGGCUAUGGCCGUUUCCGAAGUCUACGGUAUCGGCUCGACAGGAAAUAACAUUUACCUCGCCAUCGUUUUAUGGUCUGUUGCGGCCCUCGCUCUCAUUCGUGCCGUUGGCUCGACGACAUACGCAAUUAUGUACGUCGUUCAGAAGCUUGUCGAGGGCAAGGCAAAAUUCCAAGCUGGUAAUAUUGCGCCGGCCCACUCUAGUGCUCCUGCUAGCUCGCUGGGGGGCGGUACGAAGUCAAGCCUGAACAUUCGGGAUACGCUCUACGAUUCGCGGUGGGCUAUGCAACGUGGUUUGCACAAGGUUGCGUUCUGGCGGAAAUGAUCUUCUUUGUUCCCAUUUAAUGUUUCUUUCAUGAUUUAUGUUGACCAUGUUUGAUCCCUCCUCGGUAGAUUCUGGAUACCAGACCUUUAUGACCUCCAUUGCGUGCCUACGGCUACCAAUUUUGUAGCAUGUCCCGUUGUAGCUACUAUGUAGGGAGAACACCUCACCUACGACCGUUAUACCGGUUGAAGAAGGUAUAAAUAAGUAAUCAUGCAUUCCUAUUUCAGCUUUUUUUUUUGGUGUUUGGUUGUUUUGAGAUCGAAAAGCAAGAAAAAAAUAGUGUCAUCCGCCGUGAAGAUAGUAAAGUUGGACGUAAUACAUGCAAAGAUCUCCAAGGCACAGCCAGUUGCCAGGACCUUGGUCAAUAAAGAGCAGAGUUGCACAUAAAAAAGGAAGACAAAAGAACAAAUUUCGAAGCAUAACCUUCGGGAGAGACAUGUUGGAGGUGGGUGUGGGUAAGAAUGUUAACGACGAUUCCAAUCUUGAAGAGGUCGAAUUG